CCAACCGGAAGUAUUUUUACGUCAGUUCCUGUGUUUUUUUCUAGAAUCCCUGCCUUGAUUGUUUGAUUUAAAAGUAGUUUAAAAAGAUUAUUUUUUUUCCUUGUUGCUUUCACCGUGAACCCUGUGGGCCUGUAGUAAUUGCAAAUAUGUCGCACACAAUUUUGCUUGUCCAACCGACCAAGAGACCAGAGGGCCGCACGUAUGCAGACUACGAGUCAGUUAAUGAAUGCAUGGAAGGUGUUUGCAAAAUGUAUGAAGAGCAUCUGAAGAGGAUGAAUCCAAACUGUCCGUCCAUUACUUAUGACAUAAGUCAGCUGUUUGACUUCAUUGAUGACCUGGCAGAUCUGAGCGGUCUUGUGUACAGAGCUGACACACAGACAUACCAACCUUACAACAAAGACUGGAUUAAAGAAAAGAUAUAUGUCCUGUUGCGGCGUCAAGCUCAGCAAGCAGCAAAGUAAAUGCUGGUUUGCCAUAGUGACCCUCUACGUGCGCCUGAAAGGAUUUAAAACUGUGUGCAAGGGAAGAGUUUCUUAUUAAAUUGUUUAUACAUUAGAAAAUGUGGCAGGAUGAAAAUAACUGCCAUUUUUUUUUUGGCCUGAAAUAUACAUUUUCUUCUUAUUAAAUGCAUUUCCAAUGUGUUUGUUACACAUUGAGAAUUGGGGUAAUGGCUGCACGGAUCUUUCUAGUUUUUUCUUUUAAGAAAUGUUUUACCAUGGUUAAGUUGUUUUCUGGAUUUCCUGUUUGUUUAACCGCAGCUGAUUUUGUUUGAAUUAUUGUGAAGCGAAACUUUCAUAAGAUAAUUCUUUGUCAUUUAAUUUUUUUCCUUUCUUUUCCAUAAAACAUGUCAUUAUGUUUGGAAAUUGUUUUUGUGACUUAUAUGUCAAACCUUUUGGACUCUUGUUGGGUUUUUUUUGUGUUUAAAAAAAAAAAAAAAAAAAAAAAACUUUUGUUUACUUACUGCUGUCCGUUAAUGAAUACAAAAUGGUUACUGUUCCACAAAUCUUUUGGCAAAUUUUGUCUUUUUGAGUUAAAAUAAGUCUAAGUUAAUACUGUUGUCUGUUUUUUGGAAAAUGUUAGUUUUUGCAUUUAGAUUAAAAGAUUGCGAAUUUAUUUUUUUGUAAGUCAUUGCAAAUAAAAUUGUGGUUCGAAACAAA